CAUUAUGGAUCAAAAAAUAAAUCAAAAACACUUUAAAACAUUACAAACGGAUCUUAAUUAAGAAGUUUUGGCCUUGGUCCUUAGAGCAACGUGGCAGCAGCCGAUUGGGUAUCGAAAUCACUCUAAACCGCCGUCGCUCUCGUCCCACCCUCUGCUGCGUCCUCUCCGUCACUCCCCAAUCGACAAAUCCCCCUCCCCAAUCGACAAAUCCCCCACAGAAAUCUCAGACUUUUCGGCUGCCCUGAUGGAGUUUUGAGUGGAAAUAUCCUCACUUUCAUCUGUUUUUUUCUUUCAGGUAAUAAAAGAAGCUUCGAUGAUCUCGAAGACGAUGAAGAUGACAUCUUCGGAUCCAAAAAGGGUCGUACCAAAGUGGAAGAAACUAGGAUGAUUUUGUCACUCCGAGACAGGUUUUUUCUAUCCAUCAUUCAAAUCAGUAAAGAGCAAAAAGAAAAGAGAAGAGAAGAGUGUUUAGUUAUAUAAUGAGCUUGAAUCAGCGAAAACUGAGAUUGAUAAGUGGAAGACAAUGUUUCAGAACGAGUCCUUUGUGCCGGCUGGAAAAUCUCCUGGUUAGCCUCUUCUCUACUCAGUGUAGUUGGUACUGGCAUCAUCGUAAGACAUAUCAUACCACACAUUGCCUUUCCCAACGAUGGAUUUGUUGUGUGCAUCCUUCGUUCUUUCUUGCUUGCUAGUCUCUGAGUUCUUUGGCUCUCCUCAGUAGUCGUACUGGUACAAUGCACUUGUUGGAUCGUAUUGGUCUUUCUCAACGAUAAUCUGCAUUUUUGCUGAUUCAAGCUCAUUCUUGCUCCUCAGUAGUCAUACUGGUACAAUGCAGUAGUCAUUCUCUAGGUUUUUUAUUUACUAAGAAACACCAUAAAGUCUCAGCAAUAAUCUGCAUUUUUGCUAAUGACUCUUAACAUUGUUUCUUAACUUAAAAAUAAUAAUAAAAAAAUCUAAGAACUCUAAAAUUUGUUCCUAGCAAUAAUGUUGCUCUUAGUUUCAUAGAACAACUAAAGGAAAUAUAUUUUUAAGAACAGAAAGACAUAUGCGAAUGUUUUUGUAUAUAUAUACAUAAUAAGGGAAACAUAGAUUUUUACUAAUAUAAAUUGAGUACAUAUUUGUAAAGAGCACAAACAAAUUCGGAAAAAACUCGAAACAACUGCGUUUAAUAAAAACUUGGGUGGAAGGCUACUCCUUUUAUAUUAAUGGACGGCACGAUUAGGGUUUCUUAAUUGUCCAUUAAGAACGUUAGUUUCUAUUCAUAAUUCAUGUCUCUAAUUCUCAGCCGGCUGUCGAAGCUCCGUCUUGGGAAAUCUCGAAGAUCAACUCUUCCUCUACUUCUCUCUAAUGGAUUCUCUUCUUCCUUGAGGAAAAAGCAAACCCCUCCUUGUUUAAUCUUCGCUACGCCUUGUGAACCUUAUGAAGCCUUUCUAGGAAAACUCGUCAGAUACAACGUUAAUGAUAAAACCACUACUGAUUUGGAAAAGAAGGUGCAUAUGGAGUUGGUGUAUAAUGAUCUAUUUGGUACAGUGGUAACGAUAGGGGCAGCUAAUGGAUGGGUAGCUACUUUGAAUGGCAUGGACGGAGUCCUGCGUCUCCAAGAUGAUCUAAACCCUUAUGCAUCGUAUACAGAUCCUAGACGCAUCCCUCUGCCUCCUCUUGUGACUCUCCCACGUUGCCAAACCCAGAUCGUCACCAACGUGUCAAUGUCCUCAUCUUCUCCAGAUGAUGAUGAAGACUGUGUUGUGGCUGUCAAGUUCUUGGGACCUCAGCUCAGUUUUUGCAGACCAGCUCAUAGUAGAUACGAGUGGGUCAACAUCAGGAUCGAUAACCCAUGCUUCUUCUCUUCUCGUGUUGUUUUUUCCAAGAAAGAGGGCAUGUUUCGCAUUCUCGGAGCUGGAGGCCAUCUCCUGGGAUCAUGGGAUCUCCAGAAUCACAAACACAAGAUUCAGAGGUUGCGUUUUAAAAACAUUCCUGAGUUAACCAAGACCACAAACGAGCUCAUGGAUUCGUGCUUCACGUACGAGCACUUGGUGGAGUCGGUAACCACCGGCGAAACUUUCAUUGUCAAGCAAUACAAGAAGACUAGCGAGAUAGACAAAGGUGUUGCCAAAAUGAAAACAGAAAAUUUAACGGUGUUCAAGCUAGACGGUGAAGGACACGCGGUUCACACUCGAGACAUUGGAGGUCUUGUCAUUUUCCUCUCAAUGUCUGAACCUUUUUGUGUCCCGGCUAUCUCUUUUCCUAACCUGUUCACUAACAGCGUCCAAAGCUUGGAUUCAUGCGAAAAUGCAUUUGUCGAUCUAGCUGACUACCACGUUGUUGCAACUAGUUUUCCAAACGUGGCCCCUUAUUUUAUUCCACCACAAAAUAUAGACUAGUAAGUGUUACAAGUUAUUACAUGCAUCCACGAUUAAAAGUUUUUAUAUAUUAGUAUCCACAAGCAAAUUCUGUUGUUACAAGUUGGUGUCAUAAUAGAUCAUAGCUUGUUUUUGUUGCUCCAGUUUUGAAGUUGCAACCAAGAUAAAUAGUGUUUCUUUAUUGCAUUUGUCCCUUCAAUAUUACAUAAAUUAAUCGUUUUUCUUUGUGUUUAACUCACUGUGAAUUUAUUUUCACAAGCGUAAUCAACUUCUUAAUUUUAUAGUC